AUGGCGGGCAGAAAGCGCAAGGCAGAUGUUACUCGCGGUUCUAACUCACAAAACGUAGUUUCCGAUGAUUCCUCUAAGCAGAUUGCUGCUCUCCCAACAGCAAAGAGCGCAACAGCUCGUAGCGGUCGAAGCAAAGCUGAUGGUAGCGGGUCUUCAAAUACUACAAACACUUCUGAGGCGACUUCACAAGAAGAAUUUGCCUCUGCUCAGGGUCCCAAGUCACCCCGUGUUAAGCGGCGGAAAAUCUCGCAAGGCAGUGAGGUUCCACCGUCAACCAGAUUUUCUGCAAGGCUCAAAUCUCGUGCAGAGACACCUGUGCUAGAGAUGCCUCCAAAGUUGUCUCCUCAAUCAUCAACUGAACCAGCGGAAGUCUCAAACAAUUUGAUCAAAGAGACGAUCCUCGAGCAAAAUGAGGAAACCAGCUACGCAGCUGAGCAGAUAUCGAUAGGUGCUAGCUCGGACCAAAUCUCGCGUUUGACUCCAAAGAGUAGUGAUGCAGAAGCUACUAUCAAGCCCAUCGAAGAACCUGCUCAAAUGACCACUCGUGGUCGAAAGCGAAAGCUUGCAGGGUCCACUACAGAUACCUCUACGAAUGUUGCGAAGAAGUUGAAAGUUGAAGAUUCUGCCGCAAAUUCCUUUACGAACGUUUCAGAGGCACCGAAAGUUGAAGAAUCCAGCACGGAUAACUCUACGAAUGAUGCAAAGAUGCCAAAAGUCGAGGAGGAAACGGCUGAACUAACUACAACCGCUCUUCCAACCGAGUUGGCAUCUACCAUUCAUAAUGUCCGAGAAACUGAAGCAGCCAACCAGUCAGUCAACGAGUCUGCACAAACAAACCACACUGAAGACGUUGGCACAGGUUCGGGCCAAACUGGAACCGCUAGCGGCUCAGGUACCCGAGGUCGUGGCAAGGGUGGUCGUGGCAAAGGAAAGGGGAAAGGAAAAGGAAAGAGGACCGGCAAUAAUGGGAAAAAAACUGAAGGUGCCCCAGCUGGCGGCGGAAAAGGUCGAGGCGGCGGUCGUGGAGGAGGCAAGGGAGGGAGACGAGCAGAUGACGAUUCUGAAGUCGACAAUGAACGUCCUGGUCCUCCCAAUCCAUAUGCUCAAAAAUUGACCGACCGACAAAAAGAAUUGAAACAAAACUUUAAGCGGCUCGCAGCGACUCAAAAACUCAUACUCAACGAACUUGCGGGACGCACACAACAAACACUUGCUCGUGACAAAAAGGCCCACCUCGGCACGACCGAAUUCGAUGAAGUGCAGGCGGCUUUGGAACUUGCUUUACAGAAAAGGCUGGAUAGUUUGGAAAAUGAACACCGUCUCUGUAUUGAACACGCGAAUCGUUUACUGGAGGCUGAAACCCAGAUCAUUCAAGACCGAUAUGAAGCCAAUGCUAUCAAUAUUCAAGAUGAGCUCUUGUACGCUGCUAGGAGUGAAUAUAUUUUGCUUGUUGAAGGGGAACAGCAUGCCGAUGAUGAUGAGCAUACAGAGCCUGAUCUUGAUCGUCCAGGACCGGGGCCAUCCAAUGCCACAGCAGAACAAUCUACUACUGGUGUUUAUGAACACGAACCUUUGUAUAUAACCGAACCCAAGUUCACACGCGGUUACAAUUCUCGAUUCGCCGGAGAAAACUCUGGCGCCGCGUCAUAUGAAAGGGGCAAACAUGGCUGGGAUGAUUUCUUGCAGCGCGCCAAGUUGAAUGAAAUUAGCCAGGAAGAGUCUGUUGUAGAUUCUUUGCAACUACUUCUUCAAGCUUCUGGGGAGGCUCUCGCCAGUGAAGAUGGACUUCCGUCCUCCGCUGGCAUAGCAGCUUCUAAUGCUUUGUUUGCGCUGGCAGAUGCAGCCAGCACGGCGCAGCCCGUUUCUUCUCGUCCAUCGCUUCCUUUGCCAUCGCAGUCGACAUCGGACCAACAGCGUUUACCAUCAUUCAUGCUGCCACAAGCAGCACCACCAACCCUGCCUCCUUCGCGUGGUUUCCCAGAUUACUACACAAUGGGCCCGAGAAUGCAUCAGUUACCACCGCCACCGCGUAUUGGACUUGACGAGUAUUCGACUCGGGACGAUCCGCUUUCAAGGCUCGGAUUGAAUCAGCAUCGAAACUCAAGUAUGCAGUAUCACCCGUUCCCGCCGCCGGCUCCUUCACAGGCACCAGCAAGAACGACUGCACCACCUCCUUACUAUUAUCCAAACUCACAUACACACCCUUACCAAUCUGGGCCAGCACCUCCAUCGCAGCCAUCUUCAUCCACCGCUCGUCGGCCUUACUAA